AUGGCGACAUUCUCGUCCCCCGCUCCCCGGAGAUCAAGUCGACUGCGCACACUUGCCACAUCUCCUCCACGCCGACCAUGGGUCGCUAGCAAGCCAAGUUCUCAACGUGCUAGCCCUGCUCCGGGGCCUGUGCCAGUGGCUGAAGAUGAGGACCUUGACAUUAUGGAGGUCGACGAGGCCGCUUCCGUGGUAUCUGAGCGUGCAUCACAGCGCGCACCGGGGGAGACUGUAUAUGCAAAAUCGGAGGAGUUACUCGUCGCUUUCUACACCCAUCUCCCGGCGGAAGUGAAACAAAUACUGACAAGUGCAGAUUAUGUGCACGACUUUUAUACGGGUGAUAUUGACACUUUGACUGGAUUCGCACUGGUCGCUUCAAUACAAACUUGUUUUGUCUGGCAACAUGCUCAGGCAGUGAAAGGGACCCCGACUUGCUACAUCUUCUCGUGUCCCCAGGACGACGAGCCAUCCGGACCCCCUCUCCACGUUCUUGUACCCUUCGUCAAGACAAGAGAGCCCGGGCUUAUCCUCGUAUCCCCCCUUGGUGAAAUCAGAUACUGGGACAGCAUUGGGAUUGGGUUGGCUGGGGGCGAGAACUAUGUUACGCUGCACCUGGAUCUAUCAGAGGACGAAAGUGUGACAACGCUCACCCGCGUCGAUGCGCAGACGUUCGUCGUAUCGACUACGCUUGGGCGUUUCUAUCGAUUGACACUCACAUCCGCUAAUGGGAGACACAACCUCGCGUGGCACGUCUUCGCGAAGCCCGCUCCGUCUCUCUCCUUGUCGCGCCUUAUUCCGUUCUUCAAUGCAUCUACGUCAACCAAUCAAUUGGCUGAGCCAGGGAACAUCAACGCGGUUGCUUUGGGUUCUAAGCAUGCCACGGGGGUGCAGGAUAUCUGGGCGCUGGUCGAUACGCGCGUGCAGAAAUGGGAGAUGAACCCUGGGGGAUGGGAGGAGCCACAGGAAGACAUUGAGGUUGCGCCAACUGUUCUUUCGGCGCUGCGAAGUGAGUUCGGUGACGCCGUUGAGGCUGACGACGCGAAGUUGGACCUCGAGCUAGUGGACAUGGCUGUGGAUAAAAACGGAAAACUGGUCAUUUUGGUUUCGUACGCGGGGAAAGAAGAGUUCAACUCCAUGGCGGUCGACCUCUUGGGUGUACGCAGGGUGUACGCGCUGGUAUUUAUGACCCAGCAAAUAGACAUCCUGGCGGUGGAUUCUAUCAGGAUCGUCCCUUAUCAAAGUACUUCAGCUUCGGGAGCUGCAAUGCAUGCACGAAUUCAGCUCAUCUCUGAUGGCACACUUGUCACUGUUCAAUUCGGAGAUGUCGUCGCUAUAUGUGCAAGAGAUUCGAAUUACAGAGACAGACUCGAAUUCAAAGCCAAGUCAGACCGCACUCUCGGCGUUGGCGUCGUAAGCGAAGAAAGCACUGUGCUCGUUCUCACUGCGACGACGAUGGUCAAGGCGUACUUGGACAUUGAUAAGAUUCGAGCGUUUGAUCCGGAGACCGGGCGUCCUGGUCUCGUCAAGUCGAUAAUGACUCAGGCUAUUCUAUAUGGAUCUCUACUUGGGAACCCCUUGCAUUUCAGUUUUCCUCCCGAAGUAGAAGCAGAGAGCCUCAUGGAAGGAGCCGAGCAACUAAGCCGUGCCAUCCUUGAAUCCGACCAUGAACUCGUUCAAAGAAGCCAUGACUUGAGCAUCCAGAUGAAAGGUAGAAUCGACCGGCUUGCUUGGCUCAUCGCGUUUAUCAACGAGAACGCCAUGCUCCUCAAGAUGUCCCAACGCAGCAGACAGCGCCUGAUGAUGAACGCGGAGAAACUGCAAGCGGGCCACGACUUGUGGCUAUUUUACAACGAAUUCCUAGCGUUAGUCCCCUCCUUCAAUGUUCUGUAUGACGCAGUUGCGUUGUACAUGAAAGACGUGAACGAAGACCACCACGCCGACAUGAUGCGCGCGUUCUUCCGGCUGCACAUCGUGAAUAUAGGGAAGCUUCUGCGCAAAGUAGAAACUGUCGUGAAGAGAUCGCAAGGCCCCCAAGCUGCGAGCGUCCUUCCCGAAGCGACUCGCAUCUUUUUGACCGUCCUCAAGUCAGCCUUCAAGUUCCGGGAAGAACACAAAGGCCAAUACAGCCUCGAAUGGCCAAUUAUCAACCCAUGGACGAGCAAACCAACGGUGAUAGACGUUGCACUUAGCUUGUUCGAGGCGAUAACCGACAAGGCAGAUGUCCCCGGAGCAGACGGCCAAUACCACCAGAGUCAGAGUGAACCGGGCUCUCAGCUCCCCGAGUUGGCAACUGUCCUUUUCGCUUGCAUUCAAGAGCGAUUGGACUGGCUCGGCAGCACAAUUUCUAAUGGUGAGGCUGGGACAGAGCGUGAUCGCGAUGAACUUGAGCAUCGCUUCGCCCUUCUCAGACCGGAAAUAUUGGAGACGCUCAGAAGGCUUGGAUACCCACACCCAGCGCUGAGUCUGGCUGAAACAUACAGAGACUUCAGCAGUCUAGCAGCGUUGUGUCAUCGGGACAUGGUGUAUCCACCGCAUGAAAAUCCGUGGAUCACUGAUAUUCAGCGGUAUAUCGAGAAGUUUAAGGACGAUUUUGCUUUCGAGCUCUUCCGAUGGUAUAUACAACACGGAGAGCUGAGGAUUAUGUUUGCACAAGAAGACCUCUAUAGUAUCUACUUCGACAGGUUUUUUGCGUCGAAUCCACAUCCUAGCAUUUCUUGGCUACACGACUUGGGCAAGGGGAGGUAUGAAACGACCGCGCAAACUCUCUUGGAGGAAGCGAACAGCUCAUGGAAUAAUGUGUUAGCUUUCCAUGACGGCUUGGACUUCGUGAGCGUCCAUGAAGCCCUCAUCAGUGAAUUCAAGUCGGUUCUGCCCACUCGAGGCAAGCAAUCACUGGAUUCCCAAGUUGACACAAUCUUGCAAAAGAAAGGAAGGAGGUUGUCCUCAUUCCCUGCUUUGACAUUACUGGUGAAACAGUUCAUACGGGAGCUCCUUCAAGGAAAAGCUCUGUCCAUGGAAAAUGUCGCGGACGUGCUAUCGCUGCAAGACAAUGAAAAUUCCAUUGAGAACUACAUUACUGCUCUCCAGUUACUCAUCCAAUCAGAGGAGCUACCCGGGGACCGUAGAUUGUUUGCCUUCCGAAGUAUCUGGCGACGAAUCUACAUCCACGACGACUGGUCACAAAUACUCCAAACUGCGAAUAUCACUGACGCAGAGUAUACCGAACGAUUACAGCAGACAGCACUUUUUGCUACCCUUGCUGCUAUAUCACCCCAAAACAAACGUCCGGAUCCGGGAUUAGUGCUGACACCGGACGCGGCGGCGAUGAUCCCAACGGCGGCUGAAAUCGGCGCGCGUUGGUCAGGCCUGUCCAACGAUGAAAUCGAGGCUCUCGAGCACGAUUACCAGGCGGAAUGUGAACGACUCAGUUCGUAUGAAUUGACUGAUGCGUAUACGCGUAUACAGGAGCUAGUGCAGCAGAUGGUGGCGUCGGAAUCGUUGUAG